GACAUUGCCAAUCUAUUAAAGAAAGACCAAAAGAAAGAAGAGAUCGUUGAGAGAUACAGUACAAAUUUGUGAUAUAUAUAUUCUAGGAAAAUGUAGAACAUAUUUAGGAAAUAUAUGGAUGCAGUUAUGGUAUAUAUUCUAUAUUUUCGUGUUUUUUUAAAACGGAAUAACUGAAAUAGGCAUAAUGUAUAAUAUAGGCAAAGACAAUGAAUAAUGGAUGAAAAAUUUAUUGUUCCCUACGCAUAUCUUUAGGUAACCGUUAGAGUAAGUUAUAACAUAGAACCAAAACAAAGUAUACCGUAGAGUUAAAGUUAAUUCAUAUUCAACUCAAUAGUCAAUAGUAUACCAACAAGUUCUGAUCAGGAUAAAGACAAACAAAAUAUAGUUUGAGUAGAAUGUAUAAGAAAGUGUUAAUUACGUAUUCUUCACACCGAAGAUUAAAGUUAAACACAUUGAUUUCAUUUUCUAAACUGGUUAGACCACCAUAAUAAGUAUUCUAAGUUUAGGUACAUAACUACUUUAUAUAUGGCAUCAAUACUUAUGUGUCUAAUAAUUUUCAUAUUUUGUAUUUUAAAUAUUUGAAAUCUAUUUUUGCCAUUAAUAAAAAAGAAAACUUGUCCAAAAUGACUAAAAGGUUAAAAAGUCCUAAUGGGCAAUUAGAAGUUGAAUAUGUCCCAUGUAGUUUUGAUUAAACUGAUCGACAAGCUGGUCAGAAACCGCAUCUCAAGCUUAAGAACGAUGGAAGAUAAAAAGUAUACAAAGGCUAUGGUGAUAUGGUUCUCCUUUCUGUGAUCUAUUUUUCUUUUUGGAUUCUAAAUUUAAAUCUUAUUUUCUAAAAACACUCAGCUAAAGCUAAAGUCACAGUCGUCAUUGUACAAUUGUUUUUUUGAAUAAAUUAAAUUUUUUUUUUUUUAAAGAAGUUGAAUAUGUUUCAUUUUGCCAAUUCAGCCUAUUAUUUUAUUUUCAUUUCAGUUGUUACUAUAUUAUGCACCAAAUAGUUUCAUUAUUGUAUUUUAAUUUCAGAAUAUGACUAUACUAUACACGUAAUACAUGCAGACAAUACAUAAAUUAAAGUAAAAUAAUGAACCCCCGAGAAAUUAAUCAAUCCACAUUUCACGCGUCGACUCCCCGAGAUAGGCUUGGACAUUCGGGUCUUUGAAUUGGGGCAUUGCGGAUCCGAAUUCUUCGGAUCUAAAAGUUUAGGGCCCGAUAGGAUAAUUUAAAAUUCUCGGUUCGGGAUCAGUUAUGGUGUUUUCGGGUUCGGAUCGGGUCAGGUCUUAGAUAAUUAGACCUAAUAAGGUAAUUAGAGUUUUUCUAUUGGGGUUCGGUUAGGUUACGGAUCGGGUUCGGUUCGGGUCAUGUCGGAUGCAACCCAAAAAAAUACCUAAAACACAGAGAAAAUAUCUGAAAUCAUGAGAAAUUUUAUUUAAACUCUGAUCCAAGGAUAUGAAAAAUAUUCAAAAUUUUAUCUGAUUAUCUAAAUUAUAUUUUAAGAAUCUCAAUUUUUAUCCAAAACCCAAAAUCAUACCCAAAAACUAAAAUUUGAAACUUAAAAAUACCCAUAAUACCAAAAAUAAACUGAAACACCUAUAUAUACUAGAAAUUUUGGAUUUUCGGAUACUCCACUCGAGUCUUGGGUUCGGGUCGGGUCCAAGACCCGCGGGUCCUUUACAAUAAAAUUCAAUAGGAUAAAAAGAUCAGAUCGGUUUCGAAUCGGAAUAGGAUUUUUCGGGUCGGAUCCUCAUGUCCGGAUAAAAUACUCAUGCCUACCUCGAAGUAAGCAAAUUAAAUAAGCAUGUGCAUGUAUAUGCGCAUAAUAUAGUUAUCAACUAAAAUAUAAAUAAAAACACAUUUACAACUAUAAAUGAAACCCCAAGUCCACCUUCUCUUCAAUAUCUCACAACACAUUCGGUCGUGGAUAUGUUUAUAAAGCCUUGAAAACCAUUAUUAAGGUAGAUGAAUUUGCGCGUGGCUUAAUAUUUAAAAGUUUCAUUGUUUUAUUUUCAUUUUAGUUUAUUACUAGUAUACUAUGCACCAAAUAUGUGCACAUAAUACAGAAAUGAAACUAAAAUAAUGAAACUCCCCUUCCCGGGAAAAAAAUCCAUCCUCAUUUCACGCGUCAACUCCUCAACUUAAGCAAUUAGAUAAGUUUGUGCGUGUACAUGCGCAUAAUAUAGUAAUCAAGUUUAUGAAAACAAAAUUAUGGAAUACAUUUCGGUUUUCGAAUACAACUAUAAAACCUAAUUCCACUCUCUCUUAAAUUUCUCACAACACAUUUUCUCCCCCUCUCUCUCCUUCCAAAUCUAUAUAUUCUCUCUCUAAAUUCACGUUUACAAGAAAAGAAGGAAACAAAGGAAGAAAUAAGAAUUAUCUCUCUAUUUCUCUAGCGCUAAUUAAGUUACCAAACACACUCACACAUCAAAGAGAAAAAUGGCACAACUCAUGAAGCUACUCGUGACAAUUGCACUAACAUUCGCAAUUACAACCGCCAUCAUCACCACAAGAACUACCAGAACCAACCCGAAGACCGAAACAUUUGCUGUCAAAGACCUUAGAUCCCCAGGAACGGUUAAGAUCAAACCGGGUAGGUUCUUGGCCCAAAAAGACGAAGGGGGUCAAGGACCUAAAGCCCGUAACCCAAGUGCAACUAACCGUUGCAACAAAGAUUCAGAGAUCUGCCGCAGCACCGAAGCAAACCCUAGAAUGGCUUGUUGCAACAACAAGUGUAUGGAUUUAUUAACCGACAAGAAAAACUGUGGUGCGUGUAAUAAAAAAUGCAAGUACACGGAAACAUGUUGUGGCGGUCAGUGCGCUAACUUGAAUUACAAUAAACGCCAUUGCGGUGAGUGUUACCAUCGUUGUCUACCAGGCGGGUACUGUAUCUACGGUCUUUGUAACUACGCGUGAUGACGCAAUCAUUCAUUCACGUCAUGCCAACGCUUCACAUCAUGGAUAUAUAACAAAAAAGAUCAUUUUUACUUUGUUGUCUAAGAAUAAAAUGGAACUUCCUCGUUUUGAGUAUCGCUGCUGUUUUCAAUAAGUUUAAUUGUUUAAGAGCGUCUAGUGUACCCUCCAGAUAAUAUCAUGAAUAAUGUUUUUGUAAGUAUAAAUACUUAAAUUUAAAUAAUAAAGUAUCUUUUCUCUUAAGCCAUCUCGAGACCUUACAGAUAAUAUACAUCGCAGUUAUAUGAUUUGUAAAAAUAAUAGGCGACAAAAAUAUAAGAAAAAUACUUAUAACAGUAUAUGUAUCUUAAUAUUUAGAGCUCGCCAUGUUUCUCAGAAGAAAUGGUUUCACCAAGGGCUUUCUAAAUUAUCAUUAGCAUCAAUAAAGCUUAAUGGGUUUUUUGCAACUUUGUUCAAAUUAAUUUUUUUUAUCUCUGAACGAUAAAAAAGUUACGCAAGUAACAAAAUACAAUCAAAUGGA